CCGUCGACGGGUAGUGUGGCGCAGACCCUUGUACAGUGAGGAGGUGUGUGCGGCCCUCUCAUCCCCGCUCGCAGUGCGUGUGCUCGCUAACACCUUUCUAAUCUUUCUGAAUUCGCGGGGAUUGCACGUACCGUCUGGUUGUGGCGAACAUGGCUGGUUCAGGACCUGACACGUCGUACAGAAAGGCCCCCAGAGACCGAGGCUGCUGCAGCAUUAACUUCCUAAAAUAUGUCUUAUUCAUCUUCAACUUCAUCUUCCUGCUCGGGGGCUGCGCCGUGCUGGGCGUGGCCAUCUGGACGCUGACGGAGAAGCACCACUACGUGUCCCUGCUCACCACGACCACCUACGCCUCCGUGGCCUACAUCCUCCUGCUGGCGGGCAUCGUCGUCAUCUUCGCCGCGCUCCUCGCCUGCUGCGCCAUCCUGAAGGAGGACCGCUGCUCCCUGCUGGUGUAUACGUUCCUGCUUCUGCUGGUGUUCCUGCUGGAGGCUGUGGGCGGCGUCCUCGCCUACGUGUACGAGGAGCAGGUGAUGGCCGAGCUGUCCCACACCCUCACCCAGACCUUCAACGAGAAUUACAUGAUGGAGCCCGAAGUCACCCGAGCCGUUGAUAUGAUGCAGAGGGAGUACCACUGCUGCGGGGCUCUCACAUUCAGUCAGUGGCGCGACAGUCGGUGGCUCCAGGAGGGCCGAGGCAUCAACAACACGGUGCCGGACUCCUGUUGCAAGACGCCGUCCGCGUACUGCGGCGUGAGCGACCAUCCGUCCAACAUCUGGUACAACGGAUGUAUCCACCAAUUCGAGGAGGAACUGGGCAGUCACCUGGUGAUACUCGGGGCGGUCGGCUGUGGCAUCUCUCUCGUGCAGGUCUUCGGGAUGAUCCUCUCCUGCUGCCUCUACAUCAAGCUGAAAGACGUUGACGACGAGUACUGAGGAAAGCCAGGGCGAUGCAGCGUGGAAGAAGCCAAAGGAAGAAUGCAGUAGCGAUGCAGGAAGGAGGAAGCCGACGUUGGAAGCCAAGAGGAGGGAGCUCGGCAGCCCAGCGAGCUCGAACAUGGACGUUAGAAAAAGAGAAAGACUUGGAACGAUUUCAUGAAACCUGAUAACAGGCUCAAAGAGAACGGGAAGAGAGAAAAUAUAUAUUGUACCUAAUAUGAUAGGUGUACAGUUUAGGAAAUAUACGUAUAUAUUUUUUAAUAUAUUGCCUUAAACGAUCUCUAAUGAUAUCAUAUUCGUUCAAUUCGAUUCGUUUCUUCGUUUAGCUUUAGAAUGAAGAAAAGUUUGGUGCUGGUUACCGCUUCUGACCGGAAGUGUGUGUGUGUGUGUGUGUGUGUGUGUGUGUGUGUGUGUGUGUGUGUGUGUGUGUGUGUGUGUGUGUGUGUGUGUGCGUGUGUGUGUGUGUGUGUGUGUGUGUGUGUGUGCGUGCGCGCGUGUGUGUGGUUAUUUUACAUUCUGAGGGAUACUGUUGUACAACAUAUUUUACAAACGAUUUAUCUUAACCAAGGAUUAUUAGUUUAUAAGGAUAAACCACUGUAGCCACAAUGGGCUGCGCUGAGUCAUGUAUAUAGUGUUAUUAGCAAGCAGAUAAUAGCAGUUUAUCGAACGGAAAUAGACAUUCAUAUACAAUAAUUCUAGGGCACAGAAGAAAUUUCAAAAUCAUAAUUGAAGCGCCAACCUUCAUUGCAUUAGUUUGGCAUUUGUUUGUAAAUGGAUAGUGAGGCAAAAGCGGCGAAAAAUCACCAAUUAUUUUUUUGUAAUUAAAACAAAAUCAAUUAAUUACCAAGCUAUAGGUAAAGCCAACCUCAUAGAGGGAAAGACGUUUUUUUUUAAGAAUCUCAUUUAACGCCACAGCGUCACCUGCAGACAGACAGAAUCAGACUGAACCGAAGAAAUAAUCGUGGCCCAGGAAGACGAUGUAAAUGGAAUGUAAAUUCAAGGCAAUAAUGAAAUGCCAGCGUGCCAUUCUGUCAGCGUGUCCUCCUCAUGCCUCACGCCCUUGGAGCCUCCCGGGCAUAGAGGAGAGGGCGUGAGAGGGAGGAGUGUGGUUUACUAAUACCUCACGCGGCCAGAGGUAAUCUUCUCCUGUAACCUCAUCUGAAUAUUAACGGAAUGCGUGUGGGGAUUUCUUUUGAAUUUGGAAGUGAAGAUUGUUCGUUGAUUGUAGUCUUGUGAGCUGGGGAGUGUAUUUUGUCUAGAAAUACCUGGAAGUGAGUGG